GAUCAAUCUCCAGAGUCCAUACGUACAAAGAAUAAGCAAAAGCACUCACUGCUAGUUUCUUUUUCUCUUUCCCCAAACGCUUCAACUAAGCAGUAAUAGAAAAAGAAGCACUCACCCCUUUCAUUCUUCUAAUUAAUCAUUUCUUUUUCUAAAGUGUUGAUUGGUUUUGAGUGCAAACCAAAUUUCUAUUCGGGUAGCAGUCUUUUGUUCUUUCAUUCCAAGUUCUAUCUCUAUAAUUGGCAAAUUUGGCAACGUUCGAAGGUUUCAGUCAAGAAAGAUAUUAUUUCUCGAGUUUUGGAAAAUCCAAAAAUGGCAAACUUGGAAAAUGCUGUUAACAAUGAAACUGUUGGUUUAGAGCAUGUUUUUGUCGCCCCUGAAAAUGAUAAUUCUGUGUCUGUCACUAAUUUACAAGGCACACCUGAAUAUAUUGCUACGGGCUCGCACAGGGUGGAUUUAACCGGGAUGCCCGAAAAAUUUUCUGGGCAUUUUUUCAAGCGUUGGCAACAACGCAUGAAAAUUUGGUUAAUCACCAAGGGCUUGCUUUCAGUGAUUAUGACAGUGUGUCCUCCGGUUGUCGAAUCUGAUCCCAAAAGUCUUGAACGUCAUGGACUUUGGCUUGAGAGGGACGAAAUUGCAAAAGGCAUGAUUCUCAUGGGUUUAUCCGACAUGUUAUUUGAUGUCUAUUGUACCCUCCAUGGGACGGCCAAAGACCUUUGGGAUGAGUUAGAUAGAAAAUAUAAUACUGAUGACCACGGUCUUGAAAAAUAUAUUGUUUCUAAAUUCCUACGAUUUGACAUGAAAGAAGGAAAAUCGGUUUUAGAACAGACACAAGAAUUUGAGCUUAUCUUACAUUCUCUUCGUGAAGCGGACAUGGAAUUGCCUGAAAAAUUUAAAGUGAUGGCGGUCAUAGAAAAAUUUCCCAAAUCAUGGGAAGAUUUUGGUAUGACUUUAAAACAUAAAAUGAAAAAGAUCACUUGGAAAUCUUUGAUGCAUUCUAUUACGGUUGAGGAGGAACAUAAGAAAGCGGGUUAUAUUGCGCCUGUUGAAUUUCAACCGAAGGCUCAUGUUAUAACUGGGGGAAAGCAAGCACAUAACUCUAAAAAUAAGCAACCAUCAUCUUUUAAACCAAUAAAGGCCAAAUUAAAAAUUGUAAAGAAACCAAAGGCAAACCGACCAUGCUGGAACUGUGGACAGAUGGGGCAUUGGGCCAAAUUAUGUCCAAAUAAAAAGGCCAAGGCUCAAUCUGGGGGACCUAAAGUCAACAUGGUGACUAGAGGGACUAGUUCUAAUGGCCUGCGGUUGGGAGAACAGUGAUGAUGGGGAACACAAGUGCUGCAAGUGUGCAAGGAAUUGGAAAAGUAGAAAUAAAAUUCCCUUCGGGAAAAAUUCUAUCUUUGCAUGGAGUGCAUCACGUUCCCGAAAUUAGAAGGAACAUUGUUAGUGGUUCCAUUCUAGUUAGGGAGGGUUAUGAGUUGUCUUUUAAAUUAAAUAAAGUUGUAAUUUUAUUUGGUGGAACUUUUAUUGGCAAGGGUUACUUGUCUGAUGGACUUUUUAAAGUUAUGGUUGAUUAUUUAGAAUUAAAUUAUGUAUCUGAGAAUUGUGAUUCUUCAA